AGAAGGAAAAAAAAAGGAAAGAGAAUGAGUGAGAAAGGAAAGGAGAUGAUUGAUCAUUGGAGCCACGAGCAUCCACUUACUCUGGUGGAAAUUCGUGAAAGAGAUUACUGUUAUGGGUGUGAAGAGCUGUUUGGUAUCGGAGAGCAAGCUUAUGGAUGCAGCACCGAGGGAUGUAACUACGCAAGAUUAUUACACGAAGAAUGUGCAGCGAUUGCGAGGGAGAUACGCCAUCCAUCGCACCACCCUCAACACAUACUCAUCCAACGCCACGAACCGGAAUUAGGGACGUGUCGUAUAUGUGAAAGGACAAUUUGGAGCAUUGGUUACAGAUGCUCAGUAUGUGGUUUCCAGAUGCACCUGAGAUGCGCACAAGGUGGUGGCAUGGUCGAUACAACGGGCGAUGAUGAUGAUGAGAAAAGGCGCAGCAUCAUACGUCAUCCAAGUCAUCCCGACCAUGAAUUGAAGUUGUUGCGGAGAAGAUGUCCAUUCAAGUGCGAUGCUUGUGGCACCACACGCAAAGAUAGUUCCUACACAUGCACCAAUGAUUCUUGUGAAUAUUUGAUCCAUGAGAAAUGUGCUUCCUUGCCUCAAAGCUUCAAAAGGGAAGACCACCAUCACUCCCUCUCUUUAUCCUUUCGCGUCCCUUUUGAAUAUCUUAAUUUCAACUACAAAUGUGAUGUGUGCAACACAUAUUUGCUGCCCAACUAUUGGAUAUAUCAUUGUCAACUCUGCAGAUUUAUUGUCCACGUCAAGUGCAUUUUCAACAAGCAGCCUCGCAUCACUGAAAACAUUGGGAAAGACAUGAUUCAUCUUCCAACAAAUGAAGUGGCCGAGGAACUAGUUACACCGUUUGUGAUGAGACAAAUAGGAGGAGAAACAUUGAUACCACCCAUCAUCAUCCUUGCUGCUGCUGUUGAUGAGUUGAUGAAGGUGAAAUAUGAGUUCAUUAUUCACCAACAUCAACUCGCUUUAGUCUCAUCUGGUGAUCGAAGCCAAGAAGAAGAAGAAGAAGACGAGGAGAAUUAUGGAGUGAGAUCAGAAUUGAUAUGUGAUGGGUGCAUCACUCCUAUAUCAUCAUACUACUAUAUGAGUUGCAGUGAAUGCAAAUACAAUCUUCACUUGGCUUGCUUUCACUUGCCACCUCAACUCUCCUCACUUCCACUCCACCAACAUGAUGAUCACCAGCUUGUCCUCCAAUCUUUGGACAAACACCAACCUUGGAAGAGGGAAGAGUGCAGUGUGUGUGAGUAUGAUACGAAUGGGCUGUUUUACACUUGCACAGCGUGCGGCUUCACAGUCGAUAUCCAAUGUGCUUGUAUGCCGGAUACCAUACACCACGCAGCUCACCCUCGGCAUCUCCUCAAGCAUGUGACUCAGUCGGUUCUACGCAAGGAUAUCAACCGACGGCGCUUGUGGUGUGCUGCUGGUUGUGGCUAUGACAUAGAGGAUUAUGAUUGUUACAGGUGUUGCAGCAGCAGCCCAUGUGAUUUCAUUGUGCACGUCAGAUGCGCUUUGCUACCUGCGUCAGUCAGCAGCAGUAGAUGGGACAGGCACCACCCGCUGCUGCUGACGUACAACGCCACUCUCAACCGUCCUGGCGAUUUCUACUGCGACCAAUGCGAAACACGAAUGAAUCCCAGAAGUUGGAUGUAUUACUGCCGCGCCUGCGAUAUAUCCUUCCAUCCUAAAUGCUUUAUAAUUACAUCCGGAGAGUAUAGAAACAGUAAGUUGGGGCAGGAAUAUCAUGUGAAUGCCGCAAUUCAUCCACACCCUCUCAUCUUUCAACUUCUCACAACAAAACGCCGCUGCGACAUUUGCCGUUACAAUGAGAAUGAACACCAAGGAUUUUACUGUGCAUUAUGCAACUUCUUCAUUUGUCUCUACAGCUGCGGUACAAAUAUGAUCAAAAAUGGGAACAUGAAGGCUGUCGAUUGAGAGAAAUUAUCAUACUACUAUCUAGGAUUUUGUUACUUAACGUCCUCUAUUAAAACCUUUGUAUUUCCCAUUUUCACUAAUUUUGUUCUAGCGUAAUUAAAUAGAGUUGUUUUAUUUCUUUUUAAUUAAUCAUGUUUGUAACAGUCGUGUAUUUGGUGUUACCUC